AAAAGGAUAUCUAUCAUAUAUAAAGAAUGAGACAACGACCAACUGUAAAAAAGCUGAAACAGAACAAAUUGGAGGCAAAUCGCAGAAUCCAAUCCAUAAAAGGCCCAGCACCCCGCAUGAAGUGUUCACGCUCACAGAAUUCAGGAAACAUGGGCAGGAUGAGAUGCACCUUCCUGUCGAUUCUCGCCUUCGGUCUCCUCUUCCACAAUGCCACUGCUGCCGAAGAACAGCAUGAGAUGAAGAAGCUUCCAUCUGCAAUGGUCGUCGGAACGGUUUACUGCGACACGUGUUUUCACCAAGAAUUUUCAAAGACCAGCCACUUCAUUUCAGGUGCUUCUGUUGCGAUAGAAUGCGGCGACACAGGACAAAAACCAAGCUUCCAGAAGGAAGUGAAGACAAACAAACACGGUGAAUUCAAAGUACAUCUACCUUUCGCGGUCGGCAAGCAUGUCAGGAGAAUAAAGAAAUGCUCAGUGAAACUAAUCAGCAGCAGUGAGCCAUACUGUGCGGUGGCUUCCACAGCAACUUCGUCUUCUCUCCAUCUCAAGUCGAGAAAGCAAGGAACUCACAUCUUCUCGGCUGGGUUUUUCACCUUUAAGCCUCUGAAACAACCCGAGCUUUGCUACGAGAAACCUAGCCCCGUGACCUCCUCAAUUAGUUCUGAGAAGUUACUUACUUAUCCAAAUGUCCCCUCAGUUCCUCCUCUAAACCAAAACCCACCAUCACUAAAUCUACCACCACUCUACCAAAUUCCCCAACUUCCAACAAUACCAAAUCUACCACCAAUACCAAAUUUGGGACAGCUACCAACACAACCAGGUCAGCCAACACCUGGAUUUUCAAAACCAACUACAUCUUUGAAUGAAAAACCAGACCAGCCGACAUUCUUUUAUCCUACUCCAUCAGUACCCUUCUUUCAAAGGCCACCAACCUUUGGAGUUCCAUUGCCGCCCACCAACAACCCAUUACAGCCAUUUCCACCAACCAGCAACCUUCCGCCAAAUCCAUUCAUCACUCCACCGACACCGACCCUCCCUUUCCCUUUUCCUCCAUUCCCAUUCCCACCUAGUACCCCGGGCUUCCCUGGAUUUACCCCAGCUUCUCCUUCAAAGAAAACCUCACCUUGAUUAAAGUGUAUUGCUGAUUCAAGUUAGUAGCUUUAUUAUAUAUCAAUAACUGUUAUCUGUAGUUUACAUAUAUAUAUAUAUGGGUGUAUUUGUAUUGUUUUUAUUUUUGUUUUUUGUAUCUUUGUUCCUGAUAGGUCAGGUAGUGCAAGGUAUUGCAAUUGUAAUCACUGGUAGAAUAAGUUCGCUGGAUCUUUAUGAAGUAUGCACUAAGAUUUUGGUAAAUGGGUCCACAAUGAAAUAUAAUAGCAAGAAUGAAAUGUAACUCUUAGCUCAUAUGAAGGAUUCAAGU